CGACGCCGCGCACGCCGCCGACAGGGUGGGACUGGCGGAAGCGCUGAGAGUGCCGGAAGCAGGACCAAAUUAUCCUCGGCGCUUGUUCUGUUGCAGGUUGUAAAAUGCCGGCUUAUCAUUCAACCCUUAUGGAUAGUGAUGUAAAACUGAUUGGAAACAUGGCAUUAUUGCCGCUUAAGACCCAAUUUAAAGGACCCGCUCCCAAAGAAACCAAAGACACUGAUGUCAUUGAUGAAGCAAUCUACUAUUUUAAGGCAAAUGUUUUCUUCAAAAACUAUGAAAUAAAGAACGAAGCUGACAGAACCUUGAUUUAUAUCACUCUUUAUAUUACUGAGUGCCUCAAAAGAUUACAAAAGUGCAAUUCCAAAAAUCAAGGAGAGAAGGAAAUGUACACCUUGGGGAUAACUAACUUUCCCAUUCCUGGAGAGCCAGGCUUUCCUCUUAAUGCCAUGUAUGCAAAGCCAGGACACAAGCAGGAAGAUGAGAUGAUGAGGGGUUAUUUGCAGCAGAUCAGGCAAGAGACUGGACUGAGACUUUGUGAAAAAGUGUUUGAUCAACAGACUGACAAACCCAGCAAGUGGUGGACAUGUUUUAUAAAGAAGCAGUUCAUGAACAAAAGCCUGUCAGCACCAGGACAUUAAUAUCAGAAAAAUAAUU